GUACUAAAUACAGAUACUAAUUGGGAAUUUACAUUUGAGCAAGAGCAGCAGCAGCAUUACACAGACUCGGAACAAUAUGUGGUUUUUUGGAAUGAAAGGACCAUCUGGGUUCUCUGCAUCUUCCACGGCAGAGGAAGUGACGCAAGGAAUCGAUGGCUCUGGCCUCACUGCCGUUGUCACAGGAGCAUCUAGUGGCAUAGGCGCUGAAACUGCACGUGUUCUUGCACUUCGCGGUGUGCAUGUAUUUAUGGGGGUUAGGAACAUGGCUGCUGGAAAAGACGUCAAAGAGGCGAUAGUUAGGGAAAUUCCUAAUGCGAAAGUUGAUACAUUGGAAUUGGAUCUCAGUUCAAUGGCAUCUGUGAGAAAAUUUGCCUCAGAUUACAGUGCCUCUCGUCGUCCUCUGAAUCUCCUAAUUAACAAUGCAGGUAUCAUGGCAGUCCCGUUCACGCUUUCCAGUGACAACAUAGAACUGCAGUUUGCUACUAACCACGUAGGCCAUUUUCUGUUGACAAGUCUCUUGUUGGACACCAUGAAGAAGACAGCACGCAAUAGUAAUAAAGGAGGAAGAAUCGUUAACGUCGCCUCAGAUGCUCAUUGGUUGACUUAUUGGGAAGGAAUUCGCUUUGAUAAAAUCAGUGAUCCAUCAGGGUACAAGAGACCUCUUGCAUAUGGACAGUCGAAGCUUGCUAAUGUUUUACAUGCUAAUCAGCUUGCAAGAACUCUGAAGGACGAAGGGGUAAAUAUAACUGCAAAUUCUCUUCAUCCAGGAGUGAUAAAGACCAACCUCUUCCGUUAUAACAGCACUUUCAACGGGCUCAUGGAUAAGGUCGGUAAAUUCGUGUUUAAAAAUGUGCAGCAGGGGGCUGCAACGACUUGUUAUGUGGCUUUGCAUCCCCAAGUGGAAGGGACAAGUGGUGAAUAUUUUGCAGACUCUAAUUUGGCCAGAAAAAGCCCCAAGGCUAAGGACCCUGACUUGGCCAACAAGCUCUGGGAUUUCACCAUGAAUCUCAUUAAGUAAAUCAUGUAUAUAGGUGACGUACCACGUAUGAAACUUUUAUAAGGAUGCGUUUGGUAGCCAGUAUGAAUAAGAGAGUAUAUGCUAGAGUAUACUUUAUCAAUUUAUAUUAGAGUAUACGCUCUCAAAUA